ACUAAUUCUAAUAAUACUAAUAAUAAUUCUUACUCUUCUAAUAACAAAAUUUCUUGUGUCAUGUGUUCACAGAAUCAUUACUUAUUUUCAUGUCAAUCCUUCAGAAAUUUAGAUGUUGAUUCACGUAUUAAAAAGGCAUCAGAAAGCAAUGUGUGUAUGAACUGCCUACGACCAGGUCAUACUGAUAAGCGAUGUAAGCUUUCACAUUGCAAAUAUUGCACACUUAAACAUAAUACCCUCUUACAUAGGGAUCCUGAAAAUCAGUCUUCAAACAAUAUUGUUUUAUCAACUAAUACAGACACAUCUGACAUGUCUAAUCAGAAAAUCGUACUGCUAUCCACAGCUCUGGCGAAUGCGGCGGACGUCAACGGGAAGCUACAUCCUGUCAGACUCUUGUUAGAUAACGGCAGCACGUCCAACUUUAUCACCCGAGAUUUUUGUGAGAAGCUUGGCCUGUCAAAGGAAGGUACUACCUCCACAGUCUCAGGUAUCAAUGGUCAGAUUUCUAAAACUUCAGAAAGUUGUACUCUUACUGUGCAAUCUUGUUUUGGUGGUUAUAAGGUGAACUUAACUUGUUUUAUUUUACCAUACAUAACACACUCUUUGCCUGGGUCUUACGUGGAUAAAAACUUAAUUAAUAUCCCGCCAGGUCUUAAAUUAGCAGACCCAAAAUUUUAUGUACCAUCAGCAGUCGACAUUCUCGUAGGCGCUGAAAUAUUUUGGGACGUCUUAUGUUCCCACACAAUUAAUUUAGGUAAAAAUCAACCUAGAUUACAAUCUUCUAAAUUUGGUUGGCUCAUAUCGGGCUGCGUAUCUUUGCCUCAUGGACGUAAAAAUUCUUCAACUAAAGCUUCAAAUAAUUCGUGUCAUUUUUCCCAUGAGGUAACUGAACAGCUAUCUCGUUUCUGGGAGCUUGAUUCAGUACAGUCUAGUAGCUCUUUUUCGUUAGAAGAAAAGACUUGCGAAAAACUUUUUUACACAACAACACGUCGUAACGACAGUGGCCAAUUCGUCGUCACUAUACCAUUAAAGGACUCUCCAAAGUGCUUAGGUGACUCUUACGCGAUGGCAAAAUCUCGAUUUCUCUCUUUAGAGCGUAAAUUUGAGCGUAACCCUAUAUUCAAAAAUAGAUAUUUAAAUUUUAUGCAUGAAUAUUUACAAUUGAAUCAUAUGACAGAAAAAUCUACAUCAGAAAAAUUUAAUGCUCAAUAUUAUUUACCUCAUCAUGGUGUAGAGCGGGAGUCUAGUACUACCACCAAGCUGCGCGUUGUCUUUGACGCAUCAGCCACUAGCACCUCAGGCAAGUCCUUUAAUGACAUACAAAUGAUAGGUCCUACAGUACAGCAGGAUUUACUAUCUAUUCUCUUACGAUACAGACAACAUAAAUAUGUUGUUACAUCUGAUGUAGAGAAAAUGUAUAGAGCUGUGUUGGUAGAGCCAUCUCAGCGUUUUCUACAGCAAAUUCUUUUUAGGUUUGAUCCCUCUGAACCUUUAAAAUCAUAUUUUCUUAAUACAGUUACAUACGGCACUGCUUCGGCACCGUAUCUUGCAACUAAAUGUUUAGUUUCCUUAGCAGAACAAUCUUCAGAUCCUAAGGUUAGUGACUCUAUCAAAAACGACUUUUAUGUUGAUGAUUAUUUGAGUGGCGGUGACUCUAUCGAUAGCGUCAUAGAGCUAUGUAGAGGCGUCAUUAAAACGCUAUCAUCUGCAAAAUUUCACUUACGUAAGUGGCAGUCAAACAGUCCAGAAAUAUUGGACUCCGUCACUAAUUUUCUUUCAUUAGAUGCUGACAAAAAAUUAAAUUUAAGUGACGCAUCUCCUAGCAAAACACUUGGUUUAUACUGGGAUUGUAAUUCAGAUAAUUUAUUUUUUACAGUGGAUUUAAAUUUUUCAAACCUUAAGGUUACUAAACGUAAUAUUUUAUCUUUAAUUAGCCAGGUUUUUGAUCCCCUUGGUCUGGUUGGUCCAUGUAUCGUUCAGGGCAAAUUUAUUCUUCAGCAGUUAUGGGUACUUAAGUGUAGCUGGGAUGAAGAAGUUCCGACAGAUUUAAAAUUACAAUUUUUAGAAUUUUUAGAAUCACUUCAGGCUCUGAACUCUAUUAGAAUUCCACGGUGGGUGUCUUGUAAUAAUCCUUUUCUAAUAGAGCUGCAUAUUUUUACAGACGCGUCAGAACGUGCUUAUGGCGCGUGUGCUUAUGUAAGGACUGUAGCGAUUGAUGACACGGUUUGUGUUCGCCUUUUAGCCUCCAAAAACAGGGUUGCUCCACUUAAACCCACAACUAUACCACGUUUGGAGUUGUGUGGUGCAUUAUUAGGGACGCGACUCUUUCAGAAGGUACGCAAAUCUCUUACUCUAAAUUUUACGGCUGGCCAGACGUGGAGCUAUGUACCUUCCAAGUCUAAUCCGUCGGAUUUGGCUUCCCGCGGGGCCAAGGCUGAUUCCAUCAGCUCAUCUGUUCUGUGGUGGCUCGGCCCUGAUUUCAUCAAUCAGACUAAAAUACAAUUUCCCAGUUUUCCCAACUCACAAAAUAAUUUAUUUUCAGAAACAGCUUUAUAUACAGACGAACACGUCGAAAAUAAUACUAACACAAAUAAUAAUAUUACACAACCUAAUCUAAUUUCUAACCUAAUUCAUAAAACAUCAUCUUAUACUAAAUUAAUCAGAAUAGUUGCUUAUAUACAAAGAUUUAUUUUUAAUUGCAAAAAUAAAUUGAGAAAAUCAUCAUAUUUAACCUAUAAAGAACUACAAUCAUCGCAAAAUGUAAUACUAAACAUUGCUCAACAGGAAAUGUUUCCUGAAGAGUACAUUACUCUUAAAGCAAAACAAACUUUACAUAAAAAGAAUCGUUUAAUAAGUCUUUCACCCUUUAUAGAUUCACAGAAUUUAAUUCGCGUAGGCGGUCGUUUAGAAAAUUCUAAUUAUGACUACAAUAUCAAACACCCUAUUUUAUUAUGCAGUAAACAUCACUUAACCAAAAGUAUAUUUGAAAAAGAGCAUAAAGCACUUUUUCACGGAGGGCCUCAACUAUUGUUGGCACAAGUACGUCUUAAUUACUGGCCUCUUGCAGGUAAAAAUCUUGCGAAGCAUGUAGUACGUUCCUGUGUACGUUGCACUCGCUUCAAAGCGCAGCCUAUACAGAUUCCUAUGGGUAAUUUACCUACUGAUAGGACGCAUUUAGAGUUUCCUUUUUUGAGAUCAGGAAUGGAUUUCGCCGGGCCAGUGCUUAUAGCCGACCGUAAAGGUAGAGGUUGCAGGUUAACUAAAUCUUAUAUUUGUGUCUUUGUGUGCUUUGCAGUCAGAGCCGUGCACCUGGAGCUAGUGUCCGAUUUAACUAAGGAGGCCUUUCUUGCGGCCUUCAGCCGGUUCAUUAGCAGAAGGGGCAAACCUCAGCGCGUGUACUCCGACAACGGCUCAACAUUUGUGGGAGCUUUUAAUGAGCUUUCACGCUUCAUACAGGUUUCUUCUAAGCAAAUAGAGUCUGAUCUUGCAAAUCAGGACAUACAGUUUAAAUUCAUUCCUGCCUAUUCCCCACAUUUUGGUGGGAUAUGGGAAGCGGCAGUAAAAUCAACAAAACAUCUACUACGUAGAGUCUUAAGUCUUACUCACUUAACAUAUGAGGAGUUGUCGACAUGCCUGAUUCAGAUAGAGGCUAUUUUAAAUUCCAGACCUCUAACGCCUUUAUCAUCGGAUCCUUCUGAUCUUUCUUUUCUUACUCCUUCCCAUUUCCUCCUCGGGCGAGCUCAGAGUUCGAUAAUCCGACCUGGACUCACCGAACACAACAUACAUCGCCUGCAGCGCUUCGACCGCAUCGAAAAGCUGCGUCAGCACUUUUGGCAGCGCUACUCUAAUGAAUACGUAUCUCUUCUGCAGCAACGCACCAGGUGGCAGACCGGCGGUCAAGACCUCAAGGUUGGAGCAAUGGUCCUUGUACGAGACGUCAAUCUUCCGCCUCUUCUGUGGCUACUUGGAAGAGUAGUCGCUGUCAAACCUGGGACAGACGGGCGCAGUCGAGUCGCCGACAUACGGACGAAGAAGGGCACCAUAACUCGUGCCUACAACAACAUCGUGCCGCUUCCUCUUCAAUGACAUGUUCCCGGGGGAAUAUGUUCCUACGUCUCAUCGGGCCGCGCGGCGCUGGCGGGCAAACCGGUAGCCCCCGCGCGCCGGCCUUCAGCGUGCACCUCCCCGCGCACCUCCCUGCGACAUCCGCGGCCAGCGAGGAGCGCGUCGCGGCCGCGAGUCCCUUCACUUCACCGGACCACCGGCCUACGCGACGCACGCACCGCGGCUAUACCUCGAAUACAGUUCAUUUUCAUUGAAGAGGUCUUUUAUUUCUGGCGGAGACCACCAGCAUCACCCCUGGAGCUUCGCCCCCAACAACU